AUGGCAGAAAAAGUAAAAGUCGGCGUCCGCCUUGACCUGGACCAUGAGCUGGGAAACGAUCAUUUCCUUACUUGGCGUAGUCAGUUGGAGAUUGGCUUUGCACUCCACGAGGUGAAGGAUCAGUCGAAGCAGUAUUUGGCAGCAGCUGCCAAUUUAGGCGAGUCAGCAAGUCACUACUUAUGGCAGAGCUACCCGACAGUGCCAACUACUGCAACUAAUCCCUACAACGAUCUUAUCAAAUUGUUCCAAGAAUAUUUCGGCUCGAAACAGAGCGCAGCGUCCCGUUUGGCGGAAUUGUUUGCAGUCGAGCAACGUCCUGGGGAGACUGUACAGGCCUUUCGGCUGCGGGUGCAAAAAGACAUGAGGGUUUGCAACCUGACCAGCACUCGUACUGCCGAGGAACUACUGGGAGUUGUGGGAGUCCACCUGUUUGCACGGGGGCUCAGCUCUGCCAGUGCCCGAAAGAGUGUCUUGGAGCACGAUGCGCAGGACUUGAGCUCCGCCGCAGCCAAGGCGCAGGCAGUGGUAUUGGCUGAAGAGGGUGCCAAAGAAGCACCAGUGCCAGAGGUCAGCUAUGCAGCUACGCGUCAACCUGGACAUGCACCAUUGCCAGCAUCAGGCUGCGGAUAUUGUGGAGAGACGCACGCUCCAGGCAAGCCGAACUGCCCAGCAGCGCGUAUGUUAUGUGCCCAGUGUGGGCGUAAGGGACAUUUUGCAUCGGUGUGCCGUGCCGGAUCUGGUCGAGUGGACCGCAGUGCCCAGACCCAGUCGCAGAGCACGUCAUCCAGGCAACACAACCGAUCAGCACCAGCCGUUUCGUCACUCCGAACUGGUGCAGCAUCACCCGCCGUACAGUCCGCCCAGCCACCAGAGGCCUAUGAAACAUUCGGGGUACAGGCAGGGAAGACCGGUUUCACUCUACCUCUGAGGCAGGUAACAUUGGACUGCCGACACACCUUGUCGCUAAGAGCGGACUCUGCCAGCAUGGUUUCCAUCAUCACUAAGUCAUUACUCCCAUCGGGGUACGUCCUGUUACCGUCGCCAUGCCCACUCCAGCCAGUGGGGACGCAACGCAUAAAAGCUGUGGGCGUGUUUGAGGGUAACCUGAGCUAUCAGGGCCGCGAAACGACUGAGACUAUCUUUGUAGUCGAUGAUGCACAAUGCACUGUGCCAGCAUUACUGGGAGAGCAGGCCUCCAUCCGUUUAGGUCUUCUGGCAUUGCCGAUUUCAGCAGUUGAAAUCCCAGCCUGUGCCGAGGGCCUAGCGUCACUCCCUGCUAUGCGCGGCCCGACUACAAUCGCUCUCGAUCCGGAUCACCCUCCGUCUCAACAGUCAUCUCGACGGGUAACACCGGCACUGCUCACCUCGCUACGCCAACAACUAGAUGCAUGGCUAGAACAAGGAGUGGUCGAGAUGGUGGAGGAAGUAACGGCUCGGGACUUUGUUUCGCCACUGGUAGCCACACCGAAACCCGACAAAACCAUGCGCUGGUGCGUAGAUUUACGACAAGUCAACGCAGCGGUAAGGCGACCGGGUGUGCAACUCCCAACAGCUGAUGAGCUUCUAUCUCGACUGUCGGGCGCACAGAUGUUCUCGAAGCUUGACCUGAAGUCCGGGUAUUCUCAGCUCGAGAUCUCACCUGAAUGUCGUCAUGCCUUCGUGGUCGCCUCACCCUUGGGGUACUUCCGUUUCUGUCGUCUACCGUUCGGCGUGUCCAGCGGCCCUGAAUUAUUUCAACGUAAGAUGGAGCAAAUUCUGGCAGGAUGUGAAGGGGUAGUCAUCUACCUAGACGACAUUCUGAUUUAUGCUCCAUCAUUGGAAGAGCAUGAUCGACGCAAGGCAGCAGUCCUGACGGCUCUCAAGGAGUACAAUGUCACCCUGAAUGACAAGAAGUGCGUCUUCCAGGUCUCAGAGCUGGAGUUUCUGGGACAUCACGUCUCGGCGAAGGGCAUUUUGCCAGGUCCAUCGAAGGUUGAGUCACUCAGUCAGAUGUCGGAUCCCACCAAUGUGGCCGAACUCCGAGCAUUUCUGGGCUUAGCAACCUACAUGGCAAAGUUUAUUCCUAACAUUGCCUCGGUUGUCGCUCCGAUGACAGCACUAUUGUCUGGCGAGUGGAAUUGGACAGCGGCUUGCCACACCGCAGCUGAGAAGAUACGCAGUCUGAUUACUAGUGCACCUAUUCUGGCGCUAUUUGACCCAACGCUGCCGACCCGCAUCGAAGUUGACGCGUCUGGUCAUGGCCUUGGAGCAGUACUCCUACAGCAGUCGCAAACAGAUGGUCAAGAGUGGCGACCUGUCUAUUACGCAGGCAGAAAGUUGUCAGAUGCAGAGUCACGCUAUGCAACCAUCGAGCGAGAGGCACUGGCGGUCGCGUGGGGCUCUAAUCGUUUCCGCAGCUUCAUCACCGGUGUCAUGGCCGCGCUUGGCGGGUUUGUGACUUGGCUUAGAUCAGUCUAG